GUGCUGCUGUUACCGAAGUGGGUAAUUCCAGGCACGAGAGUGUUCCCACGUGAGGUGGCUGUCCUGGGUAGGAAAGGAGGCUUCUGAAGAUGGCACCGAUAUCUCUCUAGCUGCCAUGCUGAGCUUUCUGCUUUCCUGAAUCCAGCAGAGGACCAAAACCAGCAAGAAGAGAAGGGGUGGAAGAAAGCACUUGAAGAGGACUGAACAUUUGCACUGGUGCUGUGAGCUGCUUUGGUGCUGAAAGGAACUUGCUGAGCCAGAAAGAUGCGUGAGUAUACGGAAAAGAAGGAAACAUGUGGGACCAUCUGUCUCAAGUACCUGCUCUUCAUCUUCAACUUCUUUUUCUGGCUGGCUGGUGGGGCCGUGAUGGCAGUGGGCACCUGGACCCUAGCUGAGAAGAGUGACUACAUCAGCCUGCUCUCCUCCAGCACGUAUUCGGCAACUGCUUAUAUUCUGGUGGUGGCUGGGGUGGUUGUCAUGGUUACCGGCAUCCUUGGUUGCUGUGCCACCUUCAAAGAGCGUCGGAAUUUGCUAAGAGUGUACUUCAUAUUGUUGCUGUGCAUUUUUCUCCUGGAGAUCAUUGCUGGAAUCCUGGCCUAUAUCUACUACCAGCAGCUGAGCAUGGAGCUGAAGCAAAAUUUGAAGAACACCAUGACCCAGAAGUACCGGAAGGAGGGAGAAGAGAGCGUUACCAGCGCAGUAGACAAACUGCAGCAGGAGUUCAAGUGCUGUGGGAGCAACAACUACACAGACUGGGCUGACAGCCUGUGGAUCAAAUCUCCAGAGGCCAAUGGACGGAAAGUCCCAGACAGCUGUUGUAAGACAAUAACCGACCUGUGUGGCCGAAGAGACCAUCCUUCCAACAUCUACAAGGAGAGCGGUUGCAUUACCAAGCUGGAAAACUUCAUUCAAGAGCAUCUGAAAAUUAUCGGGGCAGUGGGGAUCAGCAUUGCUUGCGUGCAGAUCUUUGGGAUGAUUUUCACAUGCUGCUUGUACAAGAGUUUAAAACCAGAACCAUAUUAAUAGCUGCGGGAACUCUGUUGCUCCCCCUCUGCCACUUCCCUUAGCACCUGCCAACCUGACCACUCUCCACCACCACCACAGAAGUGUCUGUAACCUGAGGACUUGGCUCUGUAAUUAAAUGUCUCUUGAACCAUGCACCGCCUUACCUGCCCCCUUUGGGGGAAAGUCACCCUCCUUGUUGUGUACAAGGCAGCCAGGAGUUCAGCGGGUCCUCUUCAUUGUCAAGAAACAAAAGAGCUGUGGAUCUUCUGCUAGAAGCUUUAGCAAAACAGUCCCUUGAUAUAACUACAAAGCAAGAUUUAUCCAGGGCCAUUUCUCUUGAGGCUUUUCCUGAGCUAACAUGAAGGUAUCGGGAUGCUAUACAAGAACCAUGGUUUGCUCUCUGAGAAGUGGCUCAGCAGCACCAGGCAUUGACUGUGAGGACAGAUGAUGUUUCUGCGCUGAGCUGGAGCUAGAGCUGAGUCUCUCAUACAUGGAAGAUUUCUCUGCCUCCUCCCAGGUGUGCACCAAUGUCCUAACACAGCUGUUCUCCACCUGAGAGGAUGCCUGCCUGGUUGCUUGGGGCAGGAGCUACUCUCCCUGCUGAUCGGGAGCACAACUUGGUGCGGUUGAAAUCUUGUCAUGAUUCUGAUGUUGCCAAGAUGUGGGUGCCUUAGGAUUUCUCAGCAAUCCUUCCUCCUCUACCUUGAAGCUUCCCCCAACACAGUGCCAUUAGGAGCCACAAGAGGCCUUUUGCCUCCUAGCAAUUCUGGAGCAAAGACAAUGGACUACUUUCUAACUCUUUUAGGUCUAGUCUGUUUUACUGAGUGGCUUCCAGUGUGAAUGAGAAUACUUUGUUUCGCCUUACCGGUCCCCUGCUGAGGUUUGGUGAAGACCUGGUCUGUUUGUGGAGCUGGCAUAUCUUGCUCCCCGUUGGCCUGUUCAGUUAGUGGAAAUACCUUCUCACAUCUCUUACAUGUUGAGAGAUGCCCUUGGCUUGAUUCUUCUAAUUAAAACCUCUAGGCUUGUUCCUCUUGGGCAGGAAAUUAAUAUAUACAAAUGUUUUAUCAGCCUCUAAAGAGAUCAUUAAUCAGCUGAGAGUUUUCUGGCUUUAAUGAGAUCUGGAAGCCCACUUUACUGGUUACUGCCGAGAAGGUCAGGAGAGUCAGAUUCAACCAGUUGCCUCAGUGUACUUGGUAAAGUGGUAGUGCUGGGUUAACUGUCUGUUUGCUGCAGAGGAAUAGGUUUUAAUUAAAUAUUCCCUCUGCAUUAGAAUCCUGGAUACAUACAGGACAUAGACAUGACCGCUGCCAUGGACUUAAUGCUGUCGUAAUGCCAGCAGGGUCUUAGCCUGAAUUCAUAGGAUAUUGUGUGCCGCUUGUCUUGUUCUCACCUUCCUGGUAUGCCUGUUACACCCAUGAAGCAGAAAGGGCUGUGGGGUUUUGGUGUUUCUAAGCAGUGAAGACAAGCCCUUUCAUAAACAAAUUUAUUCCCUCUCCUGGCCUUCUAGUGGUGCCAGCUGAGCCCUGUCCCUUAGCAGCAGACAGUUAAUGUGAGCAAAAUCACCCAGACCCCUAAAGGUCUUGCAGCAUUGUGGAGUUUUUAGUUCGCAGAGCAGAAAUCUUGGACUGGCGCUAAAGGGUGACAAGUUAAAAUUCAGAGCAGGUCAAUCUGAAUCUCCCCCAUCAACAUCAGCCCCGUGAAGUAAUCCUUAACUAAUGCAGAAAGAGAGGUGGAGGAACUGAGGUGUAUCCUUGGUUCCACAGCAGUAGGAAAGAGUGGAAAGAAAUGUAAGUUAUUGUGUAAUGAACUAAAGGAUAAAUCUCUAAAUUAUUUCUUGUUUUAUAAUCAAGUUCCUGACAAGUAUUGACUACUAACUAAGAAGAAAAUAUUGAGCAUGUUGCUUGAAGCAAUAUUUCCAGUUUCUUCAGCGUAUCUUCAUAGCUGCCUUCGCCCAUUCCCUUCAAAUACAUUGUACAGUGUUGGAAGAGGCCAGGAAGAAUGAGAUAUGAACAAUAAGUUGGCUUGUGUCCAUUGAGUUGUUUUAUACUUUUUCUCUGUGUAAUAUUCAUCGCUUUUUUUUUUUUUAACCCAGUUUAAGUCGCUGGCCAAUAGAAAAAUAAAGCUUAAGAUUCUGUACUUACUCUUUGUAACAAAAUGGAAGGGGUACCACGAGCUGGAUGGGAUAUAUGGAUUCCUCAGAUCCUGCUGCUGAGGAGCCAGUUCCUCAAGAAGAAGCUGGUCUGAGGGACCAGGCUGAGAAGGAAGCUAGGGAGGAUCUGCUUUGCGUCACUGAUCUUGCCAGCCUGGUUAUGAUCUGCUCCCACUGGGUGCUGCAGAGAGCUGAAGUCGCAGAACCUCAGGCUGUCGGGUAUUGCACAUCAGCCAUGGUCUGCGUGGAGGCCUGCACACCCAGCACUGCUGGGUCUGUGGUACACCUAACUGCACUCACGGGGAUAUUUGGUGACCUCUCUUACCUUGUCACACAGGCUGUGCUUUCUCAUCAUGUGCAGAGUGCUGAGGCAGUCAGAACAGGACCUUUGCCACCGGGUAACUUACGUUCACCUUGCUGGCCAAGCUGCUGCCUGUAAUUACCAGUCAGGUCUGCUUAAGAAGACCAGCUGAGGGUAUGACUUGGCUCAGGGCUCUGCUGUGCCCUCCUACGCCCUGUUUCCACUUGCCCCAAAUGUUUCCCCUUUCCAUCUUGGCAAUAAAUACAUAGAUGGGACUGCA